AUGACGACGACAACGACGGUGACCGUCAAGCUUUCUCGAUCAAAUCGAAUCUAUCGCUCUUCAGAAGCAGUGGAAGGAACAAUCGUGAUCAAAUCUCCUAAUUCCAUUUCUCACCAAGCGAUUCGUUUAUCAGUCAAUGGAUCAGUCAAUCUGCAGGUACGUGGAGGAUCAGCUGGAGUUAUAGAGUCUUUCUAUGGUGUCAUCAAACCUAUUCACAUACUAAAGAAGACGAUGGAGGUCAGAUCUUCUGGGAGAAUCCCUCCCGGAACUACAGAGAUACCUUUCUCUGUGAAUCUGAGGGAUUCUGGGGAAAGCAUUGUGGAAAAGUUCUACGAGACGUUUCAUGGAACAAAUAUCAACAUCCAGUAUCUGCUAACUGCAGAUAUACCACGUGGAUACUUGCAUAAACCUUUAUCUGCUACAAUGGAGUUUAUUAUCGAGAGCGGUAGAGUUGAUCUUCCUGAGAGGCCACUUCCUCCAGAAAUGGUUAUCUUCUACAUCACUCAAGACACUCAGAAACAUCCUUUACUUCCCGAGAUUAAGACAGGUGGUUUCCGAGUUACCGGAAAAUUAGCCACUCAGUGCUCUUUGCAGGAUCCACUUAGUGGUGAGUUAACAGUGGAAGCAUCUUCAGUGCCUAUUACUUCUAUCGACAUUCAUCUACUCCGUGUUGAGUCAAUAAUUGUGGGGGAGAGAAUUGUUACUGAGACCUCUUUGAUUCAGUCCACACAGAUUGCAGAUGGAGAUGUCUGCCGUAAUACCACUCUACCAAUCUAUGUUAUACUCCCUCGGCUUCUGGUGUGUCCAUCCGUUUUCGCAGGCCCCUUCUCAGUUGAGUUCAAGGUAUGCAUCACCAUCAGUUUCAAGUCGAAACUAGCCAAAGCACAACCGAAAUCUGAUCCUACGGCUCCAAGACUAUGGAUGGCAUUGGAGAGAUUACCGCUCGAACUUGCCCGGACAAAGCGAGAUCAGUUCAGCUGCUAA